UAGCAGAGUCGAGAUCGAGGACAACGCUCGUUACGGAUUCCAAAAGCAGAGAGGUUUUGAUUUUUACUUGUGGUCGGUAGAACUGACUGAAAAUUUGGGAGUGAGAUUUCUCCGAUUGGACGGAGGCACCUCGGGAUCUUGGAUUGAAGCAGACCAUCAUUGAUUACCAGAUCUUGGGAGAAAGAUUUUGUUUGGCUCCCAUGCUUGUGUUACUGCGCUGCGGAUGAUUGGGUGGAUCUUAUGGUCUUCUUGCUGGGUAGGGUCGGCCGUUCGAAGAUUGGGCAAUCUCAUUCCUCAACUAUUUUCUUUCUUUCAUUUUUUUUCCUUCUGAAAAACUCUUCUUUUGAAUGAUGGAUGCAAGUUUGGAAGAAUUGGAGCGGUUUGUUUCGAGAUUGGUGCGUUCCUUUCCCAAAAUUUAGGAUUUUGCCUUGGGUUGGGUUAGGGGAGCAACUUGACUUGAGGAGUCUCUUGCAACUUUGCCUUGUUGUGCAAGAAAGCGCUCGCCUUUGGUUGAGUUUCUGGUGGCGAUGAGCGCCUGAGGUUGCUGCGGCGAUGGGAAGCGGACCCAAGACGGUCGUCUGGUUCAGGAGAGAUUUAAGGAUCGAGGACAAUCCGGCCUUGGCGGCCGCCGCCAGGGACGGCUGCGUCCUCCCUGUCUUCAUUUGGUGUCCGGGCGAGGAGGGCCAGUUCUACCCUGGUCGAGUCUCUAGAUGGUGGCUGAAGCAGUCGCUCAUACACCUUGAACAGUCGUUGAGGUCCCUUGGCACUUCUCUCGUGUUCAUCAGAGCUGAGAGCACUCUUGCUGCUCUCUUGCAGUGCAUUGAUGCCAUUGGAGCUACUAGAUUGGUUUAUAAUCAUCUUUAUGAUCCUAUUUCUGUCGUCCGUGAUCAUAAAAUAAAAAGCCAGCUAGUGAGCCUUGGAAUUACUGUUCAAAGUUUUAAUGGAGAUCUCUUAUAUGAACCAUGGGAAAUCUAUGAUGAGAGUGGGCAUGCGUUUACCACCUUUGAUGCAUUCUGGGAGAAGUGCAUGAGCACACCGAUUGAGCUAACUUUGCCUCUUCCUCCGUGGAAAUUGGUUCCACCUCCAGGGAUGGAAAAGGUUCAGGGUUGUUCAAUCGAGGAGCUAGUGCUUGAAAAUGAAACUGAAAAAUUAAGUAAUGCUUUAUUAAGCCGGGUCUGGUCUCCUGGCUGGAGCAAUGCAGAUAAGGUGUUAAGUGAAUUUAUCAAUGGACAUCUAGUAGAUUAUUCUGAAAACAGAAUGAAGGUAGAAGACACCACCACUUCCCUGUUAUCACCGUAUAUCCAUUUUGGUGAACUUAGUGUUAGAAAAAUUUAUCAAAAUGUUAGAAUCAAACAACUGCAAUGGACAAAAGAUGAGGACUGUAAAAAAGAAGAAAGCGUGAAUUUGUUCUUGCGAUCAAUCGGGCUAAGAGAGUAUUCACGUUAUCUUUGUUUUAACUUCCCCUUCACACAUGAGCGAUCACUAUUGGGUAAUCUUAAGCACUAUCCUUGGCGUGUUGAUGAAGGUCAGUUUAAGUCUUGGAGACAGGGAAGAACUGGUUACCCCUUAGUGGAUGCAGGAAUGAGAGAACUUUGGGCAACUGGCUGGCUGCACAACAGAACAAGAGUAAUCGUGUCAAGUUUCCUUGUGAAAUUUUUGCAGCUUCCCUGGACUUGGGGAAUGAAAUAUUUUUGGGACACAUUGCUAGAUGCUGAUCUUGAAAGUGAUAUCCUUGGUUGGCAGUAUGUUUCAGGUAGCUUACCUGAUGGGCACGAGCUCAAACGCAUGGACAAUCCUGAGGUUCAAGGUCAGAAGUAUAAUCCAGAUGGUGAAUACAUAAGGAAUUGGAUUCCAGAGCUCGCUAGAGUGCCGACUGAAUGGAUUCAUCAUCCAUGGGAUGCUCCCAUGGCUGUGCUGAAAUCAGCUGGAAUUGAGCUAGGUUUGAACUAUCCAAGGCCAAUUGUAGACAUCAAUACAGCUAUGGAACGACUUGAUGAUGCUGUGGGCAGAAUGUGGGAGCUUGAUAGGGCUGCGAAAGUCGCACAAUCAAGCAAUUCAGACGAAGUUGUGGCUGAUAAUUUGAUUAGUAUCAAUAGCCUGGACAUCCCAAAAGUCAUCGUAAAGAAAGAGGUGACUUGUGAUUAUUCAUCCCUUGACCAGAGAGUACCCUCCUUCUACAACAUCAAGGAUAGCUCAGAGAAGGAGGUGGAAGUGCUAAAUGGAGAAAGAUCUAAUCCUAUUGCCUUGUGUUCUCAAGUUGAUGCUGCCAAGUCAAAGGAUGUCGAUCUGAUUUCAACCGCUGAAUCCUCAUCUGCAAGGAAAAGGAGCAUCAGUGAGAGUCAUUGUGCCGUUCCAACCCAUUUCGGCACUCCAGUGGGAUAUCCUCUACAACAACAUGAUUCAGUUGACCAACACCAUUCAGAAAAAUCCAACUCUGAUUAUCCACCAUAUCAAAUUCUUGAUGAAAAGGAGGAGCACUGCGAUGCUGAAAGCAGCUUCCAUGGCUUGAGACCAUGCAAGAGACUUCCUUAGCAUCAACAAGUGGUACCAUGGUUAUUCAACUGUUGUACAUUAACAGUCUUAAUUUUCUUUCUGUUUUAGAAAAUCGAAACAAUAAAUGAAACAGUCUGUUUAAUCUCGGUCGGUUGAAAUAAAUGUUCAGCAGGUGAGUCUCUUAUAAUUAA